AUGUCCGAGUACGCGGUAACUCCAAAUAAUGAGAUUAUCAUUACAGAGAUCACGGAAAGUAUUCCUUCCCAACAGAAGGGAUUAACUGAUGUUGACAACGCGGAAGCUGUAACCACUAUGACAACCAAGACAUCUAUUACUGCUUUUAACAACACGACACCAACAGCGCCUGUUACUUCCGCUGUGACUCCAACGACGACGACGCUGGUAGAAACCUCAAACUUGCAACAACCUCCUGAAUCAAAGGACGAUAAGCUCUCGGCUAGUGAUAAAUAUGACGAAGACUUUCCCUCACUCUCCGCCUCCGCACCCGCUGCACCGAAACCACCUGUACUAUCUGUACGUAAAACGGGAAUCAUUACCGAUGUUUUGGAAUUUCCUGCUUCUCAGCAGAACAGAACAAAGGAAUUUGGAAACAAAGCGCCUACCAUCGAUAUCGUUAAAAGAAUCAAAGAGAGAACAAAUACUCAGAUCGACAUGUCAACGGCAAUGAGAACAGGAAUGACGACAUUCUUGAUCAAGGGAAAAGUGGAAGAUGUACAAAGAGCUAAACGAGAGUUAAAGACUGCUUUGGCCGUUAAGACGGAAUUAAUAAUCAAAGUGCCAGCAUCCGUUCGGAAACACAUUUUCGGUCCGCUUGGAAAUACAUUGAAAUCAAUUACAUCUCGCACUGGCACUCGAAUUCAACUGCCAAAGAGAGAUAACACCGAAGAAAAAGUCGAGGGGAUUGAUGGGGAAGAAGAAAUGAUGGAUAUAAGAAUCGAGGGCGAUAAAGAAGGCGUCGGGAUGGCCAAGACCGAAAUUGAGGCUAUCGUCAUUGAAAAGACUCCUAAGCGCGUUCACAAAAUAAGUCACAUACAACAUUACUACUACCCUCUCAUUGCUGGUGCCCAUAACCAUCGUGUUCAACAAAUAGCUCAUCAAACAGACACCAAGAUUCACAUUCCAACUUAUGUUGCUGCUCUUGACGCGGCCGAAAAUAACGAAAGCGGGCAAAAAGAUGGACAUAUUACAGUCAUUGGCAAUGCGGAAAACGUAAAACAGGCCUGCGAAAAGAUCGAAGAUAUUUACAAUGAAUUAAAAGUAACAACAAGAACGUUAACCGUGGAUAUUCCGAAACGCCAGCACAAAUAUUUAAUCGGGUCUAAAGGAGCGAAUUUGCAAGAAAUUCUUGAAGUUACCGGGUGUUCGUUGGAAUUGGCACCCGUCUCGGAUCCAAACGAAGUUGUCACUAUACGUGGACCGGCUGCUAAACUUUCCGAAGCGACCAAAUUAGUCAUGGAUAAAGCUAGUUCGAUAAACGUCGAAAUAUUGGAUAUCACAAAUAUCAACGGCGACAAAACGGAGAAUCCUUUGGAGCACGCAAAGAAUGUGCUAAAAUAUCUCUGGAAUAGGGGCAAAUUGCGCAAGAUUGAAGGAGAUUCAGGCAAUUUACAGAUUAUUGUGCCGAAGGGAGGCACUUUGAAUAAUUCUGUAAUAUUUGAAUUUGUGGGGAAAUCUCCAGACAUCGUGGAAAAAGCCAGGAAGGAAGUUCUGGAGCUCGUGAAAAACUUGCUACCAAGUUACUUUGCUACAGUUGCGGUAGACCCGGCGUUACAUCGUCACAUCAUUGGUCGCAAAGGUCAAAAUCUACAACGUGUGAAGGAGACUUAUGGUGUUGAGAUUAUUGUGCCAGGAGAAAAAGAUGAAUCACCUGACAUCAUUAUUGUCUAUGAGGAAAACUCUUCUCAACCUGCCGAUCCUGAAAAAAAGAAAGAAGUGUUGGUCAAAGAAACGCUUGAACAGGCCAAGAACGAACUCGUCAAGGCCGCUCAGGAUGCCUCAGAUUUUGCAACGCAUUCGUUAACUAUCCCUGUUAAAUAUCAUCGUCAUAUUAUCGGUCCGAAAGGAACAACUUUGAAUAAGAUUACUGGCGGAGCGGAUGCACCCGUAUCGGUAAAGUUUGGGUCGCUGAGGACAGGGGCUGCGGAGAGAUCUGCCUCGGCCGAAGGCAAAAAAGUUGCUAAUAUGCAGCCUUCAGAUGACGUUGUUAUUAUAAAGGGACCGACGGAGGAAGUGGAGAGGGUUGUGGCGGAGAUUGAAAGAGUUGUUAAAGAUGCAGAGUUUAUAGAGGCUAGGAAUUCAUAUACUGCUACGUUUACCCUUCCAUCUCAGUAUUCUGCUCACAUAAUUGGUAAAGGCGGAGCAACAAUAACACGGCUUAAGGAUAUGCACAAUGUUAAAAUUGAAAUUGAUGGUCCGCAAAAAGCUUCUUCGAACGAUGCAAAUACCGACAAUGCCAAGGUCAAUAAACGAAAAGAUGCUGAUAAAGGUUCUUCCUCCGAUGAGGUCAAAGUUACAAUUCUAGGAACGGAACGAAACGUCGAAGAAGCUAAAGAAAAGAUUCUUGACUUGAUCGACAAACUUAAAAACGAAACCGUUCUUAAUCUUGUCAUUCCUGCAGAAUACCAUAAAUCUCUUAUUGGAAGAAAUGGGGUAUAUGUUAAAAGAUUAGAGGAGAAGUAUGGGGUCCAUAUUAGAUUUCCGUGGAAUAAGACGGGAGACGAAGAUAGUAAUAACAACGAUGGACAGAAGCCUAACGAAGUCAUUAUUAGAGGUGGCAAGAAGGGUGUGAAAAACGCCUCAGACGAGAUAAUGGAAUUGUUCGAAUAUGAGAGAGAUCACAACAAUUCCGUUAGCUUUACCAUUCCGGCGAAAAGUCUUUCUUAUAUAGUUGGUCGUAAAGGGCAACGAAUUACAGAAAUCAAAAAUGAUACAUUCAGUCGUAUCGAGUUUGGGGAUCCGCAGCCGGAUCCUUCCUCUGGAGAAGACGUUGUUGAAGUCAAGAUUUCCGGUACAUUGCCGGACAUUCAGAAAGCUCGAGACAUCAUACAAGCGCUUGUCAGCGACCUUGGCAGCCAAAAGACAAUCACAAUGCACAUAGACCAAAGCUAUCAUGGAUAUUUGAUCGGACCAUCGGGAAGUAGGAUUAAAGAAAUUGUUGCGAAGGCCAACGAAACAGAGAAUAAAUAUAAACCUGUUCAGGCUAACGUUGUGAAGUUUCCAAAGCCAUGGGAGCAGAGCGACGAGGUUAUAUUGUCAGGUGAAGCAGGACUUGUUGAAAGAAUACAGGAACAGUUGGAGAAGUUAGUUCUCAAUCGCAUGGUAGACGUGAUCCAAAUCCCUCGUGCAGAACACCCGUCAAUAAUUGGUCGCAACGGUAAGUCUCUAAAAGAAUUGCAAAACCAUUAUAACGUUGAAAUCUAUUUCCCUGGUUCCCGAUCGUAUGAUGAUGUCAAACCACCGAGUGAUUGGGAGGAACGGGGCAUUAGCAAAGAAGAGAUGGUGAAGAUUAUCGGGCAAAAAGAGGAUAUCAUAUGCGCCAAGGCAGAAAUUAUGUCUCGCAUGCGUCAUACAUUAACUGUCUCCAUUCCGCUUAAAUACUAUCGCAUUUUGUCAUCAAACGGGUCAUUGCGCAAAAUUCAUUACGACUUUAACAUCAUGGUCGAUCACGAAAAUCUUUCGGAAAGUCAACGUGCUUCUGCAAACGGUAAACCCAAAAGAAUAGACGAUGAUGAUGAACCAGCAGGAGAAUUUGAUGGAGAAUUGAAAAUCGAAGUAGUUGAAUAUGGAAAGGAAGAUGAAGGAGAAGAAGUUCAGUUGCAUUUGAAAGGUGAUAAGAAGCAGGUUGAAGCAGCAGAGAAGCAUUUGAAUAACUUGUUAGAGGAAGUGAGCAAUACUUAUACUCACGCUGGCUAUAUAACAAUUCCUCAAUACUUCCAUCGACACAUAAUCGGCCGUGAUGGAGUCACAAUAACAAGUAUCCGGUCGGAGAGUGGCUGUCUUAUUAACGUACCCAAGAAUAAUGGCCAAGUUGUCUUAAUGGGAACUGCCGAGAGCAUCGAGAAAGCAAGGAAGCGCAUACAAGAAAUUGUUUCACGUGCUGUUAAGACAAGUUAG